CUGUGGGGGGAAAAAUUUUUUGGGGGGGGGGGGGGUGUUGUGAAUUUUAAUCGGCCUUCCAAAUUCCUUUGUCCCGGCUAGUUUGUGGCUCAUUUUCUCUCCCCCCCAUUCUUUUUUUGUUACUUUUAUUAUUGUGAUUCAACAUGGUAUUUACAGGUUUUAUUGUAUGGGUUUUAUUUGUAUGGUAAUUAAACUGGCAAACACUGUGAUGGUAGGUGUUACAUUUGCUUCACAACCCAAAAAGCCGUUUGUGUUUCGACUUUUCUGGAAACAUGUACAAUCCUGUAUUCAACUUAAUGCAAUUCUGCUGUGGGCUCAUACAGAAAGGAGGCAGGCUGUAUUGUGACACUGACAUAUUGAGUGUAAUGCGCCUCGAACAUGUUCACAAAUUAAAGGGGCCCCUUAAACGAUCAAGGUUCAUAUAUUUCAAGCAUCACAUUCCAAGCCCCCCCCCCCUUCCUGAAAAGCAUUACCACCACCACCCCACCUUUCACAAACUUCAGUGUAGAUUGACUUUUUAGUUUGACUAACUUUUCAAGUGAUGCUCAAUGUGUCCUGUGGCUGCAGAUAAUUUUGCAAAAUUGACUAUCAUCUGUAUGUAAUCCAUAAAGAAAACUCAAGUUGUUUAGAACUGUCUGACCCCGCUGUAUCAAAUCUUGCUUGCAAAAAAUCCCUCUUAAAGUGGUUGUUUUCCCAACAACAAAACAUCUUUGUGUCUGGCCUACGCUCUUUAUUCCAUUUUCCUAUUGGUGUUAACAAAUACAAGUUGAGAUCAGGCAACCUCAUCCAGGGUUUGCUCUGAUGGAAUGAUCACCUCCUAAAUCAUGCGAAGGUGCCAUUUCAUCUCAUUUGAAAGAAGCUCAGUGUCACAAUACUGUGUAUCACCACUACAUUCCACAUGUUGUAGUUGAAGACACCAUUCCACGUUAUUACGCUGUUUCUUCUGACAAUGCUCCAAGGAAUUGAAAUGUUUUGUUCAUUAAAAAAAAAAAAGAAAAAUUCAUUAUGCUUGAUGAAAAUGCAGUUAGUGAAUGUGGAACGAAGCCUGUCUGUAUAUCUGGUAUUUACUUGCUUUGUUUUUACUGACAAGUCUUAUGGCUAAAAUUGCUUCUGUAACAGUCUAUUACCCAGUGCACACACGUGGUUGUGAAAAUUUAGAAUAGUUCUAAAAAGCAAUGAUGACUUGGAGAUAAACAAUGGUUGGUGUAACUCUAGCUUUGUGUUUAUGUAUCUUAAAACCAUUCUAGUUUCACUAUACAUGUAAUACAUAGGAACGUGUCAAAGACCAUUCAGUGAAAUAAAGUUUCGUUUAAGAUAAAUCUACUGUCGUUUCAUAAUAACGAUGCAAAGUUGAGUCAAAUGUUGCCUUGAGCAUUUAACUAAACUUUGCAAUCGUUGUCGAAUGCAUGUGAAGUCCACAAGAGGGCCAUUUGAAAUAACUUUUUUUUUUCCCCCCUCAAGAACUACUUUCCCUCGCGGAGUACUAGGCCCUAUUAGUUAAGUGACAUUGAGGACUGAUGCAGGUGUUCCGCCGCAGUAAUUAAACGAGAAGAGUCUCCCGCUUUUGGGAAAAGUGAUCCGGCUCCCUCACGACCCGAGAUACGCUUAAUGCCCACCGCAAUUCAACUUUCUGGGUGUUUAAAAGCUCCGUCAACAACGAUGAAUAGCAGCGGACCAACCUAUCCCCUUGCCUCUUUGUAUGUUGGGGACCUGCAUCCUGAUGUUACAGAGGCCAUGCUGUACCAAAAGUUUUCUCCUGCUGGACCAAUCAUGUCAAUCCGUGUGUGUCGUGAUAUCAUCACACGGAGGUCCUUGGGAUAUGCCUAUAUAAACUUCCAGCAACCGGCUGAUGCGGAGUGUGCUUUGGAUACGAUGAACUACGAUGUUCUCAAGGGACGCCCAAUCCGAAUUAUGUGGUCUCAACGUGACCCAGGCCUCAGGAAGUCUGGCGUGGGCAACAUCUUCAUCAAGAACAUGGAUGACACCAUUGACAACAAGGCUUUGUAUGAUACCUUCUCAGCCUUUGGCAAUAUUUUGUCCUGCAAGGUCGUUUGUGAUGAAAAAGGCUCAAAAGGCUACGGCUUUGUUCACUUUGAGACUCAGGAAGCUGCAAACCGUGCCAUUAAGACCAUGAAUGGAAUGCUGCUGAAUGAUAGAAAAGUUUUUGUUGGCCACUUCAAGUCUCGCAAGGACCGAGAGCAGGAGUUUGGCACCAAAGCUAUGAAAUUCACCAAUGUCUACAUUAAAAACUUUGGUGAAGACUACACUGAUGACAAUCUAAAAGAUGUCUUUUCUGCAUUUGGCAAGACUCUCAGUGUACGCGUGAUGAAGGAUGAGCAAGGUUGUUCGCGUGGAUUUGGCUUUGUCAACUAUGCUAACCAUGAAGAUGCGCAAAAGGCGGUGGAUGAGAUGAAUGGUAAGGAGCUCAACGGGAAGUUCCUCUAUGUUGGGCGGGCUCAGAAGAGGCUGGAGCGUCAGGGAGAGCUGAAGCGCAGGUUCGACCAAAUCAAACAGGACCGCAUCCAGCGCUAUCAGGGUGUCAAUCUGUAUGUGAAGAACUUGGAUGACAGCAUCGAUGACGAGAGACUCCGGAAGGAGUUCUCCCCCUAUGGUACCAUAACAAGUGCAAAGGUCAUGACCGAUGGCUCCCAAAGCAAAGGCUUUGGUUUUGUCUGCUUUUCUUCCCCCGAGGAGGCGACAAAAGCAGUAACUGAGAUGAAUGGAAGAAUUAUUGCUACCAAGCCCCUGUACGUGGCACUGGCUCAGCGAAGGGAGGAGCGUAAGGCCAUUCUCACCAACAAGUACAUGCAGAGACUGGCCACCCUGAGGAGCAUGAACAGUCCCCUCAUCGACUCGUACCAUCAGACCAGCUAUUACGUGACAGUGCCGCAGGCGUCCACGCGCACCUUCUAUGAGCACAGUGCUAUCAGCAACAUGAGAUCGGCGCCUCGCUGGACGGGACAGCCGCCAAGAGUGCACGGUCCGUAUUCAUCCCAAUACGCUGGCGGCUCUGCCCCUCGCCAGGGCUCCACUCCCAUCGCCACUGUGAGACAGGCCUCCACUCAGGCUCCACGUAUCAGCAGUUCCACACAAAAGACAAAUAACAUUGGAACCCAGACAUCAUGUGGCCGAGCUGACAUGUCUGGUGUGUCAAGAAGCGGUCAGUUUAAGUACCCGUCGGCGGUGCGGAACCCUCAGCAGGUCAUCUCUGUACCCGCCAUGACAAGACUACAGGUGGUUCCUGCCCCUGUGAUGGAGCAGCCCGUACAUGCUCAAGGAAUGGAGCCACUAACUGCCUCAAUGUUGGCUGCAGCACCACUUAUGGACCAGAAGCAGCUUUUUGGUGAGCGUCUGUACCCUCUGAUCCAUGCCCUUCACCCAAGCCUGGCUGGAAAAAUCACUGGAAUGCUGCUAGAAAUUGACAACUCAGAGCUGCUACACAUGCUGGAGUCACCAGAGUCCCUCCACUGCAAGGUGGACGAGGCCAUCGCUGUCUUACAAGCCCACCAGGCCAAGGUCUGCUCGCCAAAAAAGUGAGAAAUCCUUUAAGGUGGAGACAACUUUCUCGAAGAGGAGUAACAUUGAUUUAAAAAAAAUGGAAGAAAAACAAAUGUAUGUUCGCUGUAACUGACAGAAGCUGUUUUGUUCUUUUUGUUAAUGUCUUUUGUUACAUUAUAAAGUUCACAAUAUAGGCAUUAAACCCGUCUUGUCAUUUCAACAUGUUAAAGCAGCACUGUGGCCAUAAGCAAACAUCCAUUUAUACUGUACACUGAACAUCAUGUAGCGUUUCACAUCGAGAUGUUCAAUACCACUUUUUUUCUGACCAGUAAAUAACACUUAGUACU